CAAGACAAAAUUUAUUAAAGAACCCAAUAAAUUACAUGUAUAAAGAGCAGUACAGACUGUAUUAAAUAAACCUGAAGAAUACCGAAACUUGAGUAAAUAAUAAAUUUUAAUAGAUUCAUUAAGUGUAUGUGUACAAUGACUAACUCUGCACAUUGUACACAUUGAGUUUCAUUAUGAUAAUUUUAAUACACCCACAUUUGAAAUGUGAAAUGACAGAGUAACAGUCCUUAAUAUACUGAUUAUAUGUUAAAAGUGGCCUUAGAUUUUUAUCAAAUUAAGUGAGUAUCUUUUUAUUCACAUUUGUAGAUUAAGUUUGAAUCUGAACACCAUCGGCGAAUAUUUAUGGAGUUACAGCCCUUGAUGUAUUAAAAUAUAUUGGGUACGUGGGCGCACGUUGUUGUUUGCAACCUCUUUUACAUUUCCAGCGUCAUAAUCUUAUGGAGAUUCUUUUGAAGGAAGUAACUCACUGUUUGUCGUAACAAUCGAAAGAGAUAUAGGCGACAAUUGGAUUUGGAAAACCAAGGUGUAUACCGGAGAUAUAUGAACAAUUUGGUGGCCUAAGUGUACUGGUAUACAUCAUAAACAAAGUGAGACUCGUCAUUGACUGAUAGAUUAGUGUAGCUAAGACUGUAUUUUGAUUGUUUGAAAGAUGGCAGCUACUACCGAUUCUAAAGGAGGUAACGAAGCUGAGAAAUGUGAAGGUCCAGGUCAGAACUUCUGGGUUGAUUUCUGGAAAUCGGAUGAAGGGCGGGAAUGCUAUCUACAAAAACCACACGAGUGUCUUAUCAAGUUUGAAGAUAAGCUAUUCAAGGGAAGAAAUGGCGUGAAGACAUUUGUCCCUAUGUGUGGCAAAACAUUUGACUUGAUUAGUUUGAAACAGAAAGGUCAUCAAGUCGUGGGCGUGGAAAUCUCAGAAGAUGCUGUAAAGCAUUUCUUUGAGCUCAAUAAACUCGACUACAACGUCACUCCGGAGCCUUCAAUUGAUGGUAAACUUUACCAGAGUGAAUGUGGAAAGAUUAAAAUCUAUGUGGGGGACUUCUUUAAGUUCGGUCCACAUUUAGAGAAAGAUUUCGAUGCUGUUUGGGAUGCAGGCGCCUUGCAUUCUCUUGGUAAACCUAAACGACCAGGUUACGUUGAUGUCCUAAAGUCAGUUAUCUCCCCUGAAUGUGAAAUUCUAUUUGAUGAUUUAGUACCAUCGUGUAGCGACCAACUGUCAGUCCCAGAACUAGAAUCUUUAUUUGGAUCUGGUUAUAAGGUGGACGCACUCGGGUUUACUAAAACAGAAUAUGAAUUUUAUAAAUCAUGGGAAGCUGAAGGUUUUAAUAUGUUUCAUGUUCAUAAAUAAAAUCAUUGUAUACUAAUUCUUGUGACCUCGACCAGUGCUUCUAUAGGAGAGUAUAUUCUAUAAAACCCAAUACUAUUAUUAUUUUACAUUUCAUAUGCUUCGAUCUGUUAAAUAAAUAUAUAUAUUAUGAU